UGCUGGUCCCACAGUGUGACCUGGGUCCCUGUACCGCCCUCCCAUUGCUCCCACUCUGCCAUGUGCCACUUUGAGGUCUCCUCACACUCCUGCGGUUUUCCAUUUUGUCAUAGGUUGCUGGCAGAUUACAGGCCUCCCAUAGGUGCCGCCAGGCCCCAAAUCGGCCAUGGGCCCCCGUACCGCCUGGUCACGCUGCUGCUGAGCCCACAGUGUGACCUUGGUCCCUGUACCGCCUCCCAUUGCUCCCACUCUGCCAUGUGCCACUUUGAGGUCUCCUCACACUCCUGCGGUUUUCCAUUUUGUCAUAGGUUGCUGUAUGGCCUCCCAUUGCUGCUGCCUCCACCGCCACACUGUGGCUCCAAACACUGCUUUUGGCCCCGUGACUGGCCAAAUGAGUGA